AUGUUGGUUUUAAUAUCAAAUGUGGACUUAAGUCUGCCUGAGGUGCUCUAUAUGCUCCCUCAGCAGAGUAUGGCAGGGGAGACGGAGCGUUCAGGGAAAAGCAGUGACCUCGGGGAGGAGGACAUGCCGGCUCAGGGGGGAGUGGAGAAUCAGAUCAACGAACAGCACCUUCGCCGCAUCGAACGCAUGUUCAGAGAUGCUGAUACGGAUGGAGGAGGGGGUGAGUGACCCGAACACAUUAUACCACCUCCCCAUAACUAAUAGUAUACCUCAGUAUCAUUUUUAGCCCAACCCAGUAUCAUUUUUAGCCCCUAGUGGAUCCCUGCCAGUUUCACCAACCAGCUGCACAUUUCUAUAUAGUGUUGUCGUACAAACUCGCAUGGGUCGUUCCAUGAAAUGAGUCCCUUUUGCGCCUAUUUUAUAUUUUAAGUCAACAUUUUGCACCAAUAUUGAAUUUAAAAGCUUAUUAUAUUAAAUGAAGUGCCCUUUAAUAUAGACCACAUGUAAAAUUCAAUACUUCUGAUUUGUAAUAUGAAUAAAGACUUGCUAAAGUGACAAAAUUCUGCAUUGUUGGCUUUAGAGCUUGCAACAAAGGCAUUUUACUGUACUUGUGCAUGUGACAUUAAAACUUGAAAAUUCAGCAUUUAGGCAUGUCCCUCUGUGCACGCUCUGUGACUUCUAUUAAGAUUUUAACCCACUUAACCCAAAAUUGCCCCAAGAUUUCACCAUCUUUGUCAAAGAAACAAAAUAACGAGAGCUUUACAAAGUCAUUUCUGGAGAUUAUUAUUUAUUUAAUGUGAUAUAGUUCAUAGUGAUUCAUUAUAAGGUUCAGAUUUUGUGUGGACCCCACCCCCAUCUAAGUUGCCCAUCCCUGUAAUAGAUACAGGCUAGAAAUGUUUUAACAAUUUCAACUUUUUUUUAAAGCUUGCAUUCAAUUGCCCGUCCCUGUUGCACACAACAAGCUUCCAUUCCUCCUGUCACAAGGGGGAUUUAUGGCUGAUUUAAAGAUGAAAUCGUCAACCCUGUUACGGUCAACCGUUACAAUCAACCAUGUUACUUUAUUUGGCACAUAAUAGGUACUUACUAUAGUAAUUUGGGGGGGCGGGGGUUUAUUAGGUUGAACAUGUGCUCUUUAUGACAGAAAGUGAAUAAUAAUACAAAUGUAUGAAGUUACACUAUCCAAAAGGGACUCAUUUUGUGUCAUUCUCAUUCUCUCUGUCAGGGUUGGAUAUGGAUCAGUUCCGGGAUGCGAUUAAGAAGAUCAUGGAUGAUGAGGAUGUGGACAUUAUCUUUAUGAAGGUGGACACCAACUGUGAUGGCAGAAUGGACUGGGUGAGAGAGGAAAACAAUGAAUGGGAGUGCUGUUUUGUCGUCAGUUGAUCAACCCCUCUGGUAUGUGACAAACACGUAAACACAUUUAAAUUCUUACUCUCUUAAACAAAAACUUUGUGUGGUUUUAUGCAGGUUGAAUAUCUGAACUACAUGCUUUUAGAGUACAGAGAGAAAUACUCUCUGCAGCAGCAAAACAGGCCACUCUACUUUCCCAAACCACUCAAGAUUGUGCCUGUGUAAGUGGCAUUUCAUAGGCUAUGUUCUACAGGUUACUAGGUAGGACAUGUGCAGUGUGUGCAUCCUUAAAUAUUUCUGUGUCUGUGUAGUGCACACUGUGAGGCCAUUGUCCGGCUCCAGUUCUACCAUUCCAGCCCCCAGCCGGGGAGAUAAGGACAGACUCUGGGGAGCAUGGCGGGGCCUCAGGGGGUUCUAAGGGCCGCGCCCACAGUGGACGCUACCUGUCAAUCAGCCGUGAUGGCGUUCUCAACUACUGGAGCGAGAGGUUCAAGCUGCUGCGCACUGUCAAUGUGCGUAUUUUUCAUUUUCUAGCAGUAUAUCAUCAAUAAUCAAUCAAUUCAUCAUCACAAUUUAAUUAUUUUUUGUAAUGUUUGAUAUGAUGUGAAAACUCUGAAGUAAUACAUGAUGUUGACAGAAAUGGAGAAAAGACAGAUCUGAAACACUGCUACAAAAUAGAUCAUCCCGCAAGCAGAUAUGCUUCAUGUCAUGCUUGUGGGAUGUUCUAUUCUUUAGCAGUGAAACAGUCUCUGCAUGUUUUUCUCUGCUCUAGAUAAGUCAGAUGCAGAACACAGUGGCCCAGCCCAUCUGGGUGACAGACAUGGUCUGCCUGAGUAACAUCAACCAGCUCCUCCACAGGGCGAGACGUAGGUGUGUCUAUGGGAAUGUCUGUGCAAAUAUUUAUACGCAUCUUGUUAUGCAGUGAUAUUAUUUUGUACAAUGUAACACCUACUGAUUUAUAGCUACUGUAUGAUUGUUGAAGUGUUUGUACAGUGUGUUUGUUUUUCUGUCACCAGAAUUCUAUGACAUCAGUGCCAGUAAGUGUGACAUAGUGUUCUCCCUGUCGGAGCUGGAGGCCAAUGUGGAGGUGAUGGACUACUGGUAGGCACAGUUUAGUGUGUACUCCAAAGUGUAUACCAAAUGGUACCCUAUUCCCUAUAGUGCACUACUAUUAUUAUUGAUGAUUAUUUCUGUUUAAUGGAACAUUACUUUUGCAGGCAUUUUGUGAGAAUAACCCAAACUUUAUUUCUCUGCUUCCUUUUAGGACAGAUGGUAAGAGAGGAGUGUACUCCAUUGGUGAUGCCAGUGGCACCAUAUACGUCUUUGUCUCCUCUGAUGUGGUAUAGAAUGGCCUUUUCAACAGUGCUGCCUUCAAGACAGGUACUGGGUGAAAACCUGCAGGUAAAGAUGAUAGGUACACAUGUUCAUGCCGAAGACCAAACUCACUUCUUUGCCUCUUUUUCAGGAACAAACUAUCACAUCCCUGUGUCAGCCCUGCUCAAAAACACCUCCAGCUUAUUUCUCUGCUUUAGAGUCGUAAGUAGCCGAUAUAACUUUAGUUUUUCCUAUUCACGCUUUAUUUCCCUCUAGCUCUCUGUGUCAUAUCUUCCCUUUUUGUAUGUUCCAGCCCAGCCAUAAUGACUGGAUCCACCAGAUCCGAUACAUCCCAGAGUUGAAUGCCAUCGCCACCUGCUGUGCGGCAGACCAAACUGCCAUGAUCCUGACCACGGUGCCCCACUCACGCAAGUGUAAAAUUCAGUAUGCCCCCUUUCGCUCACUCCGUCUUUAUUUAUCAGUGUGUCUAUCAUGUUACAUCAGAGUUUUACAGGACUGUUUAAAGACGCACUCCAGCUAUAUUUGAACUUUUCGUGUUGAAAAACAAUAUCCCAAGUAUAAAUACAGUAAUAUAUACACACUUAAAGUUAACAAAAUAUGUUUUGAGCAAACUAGGUUUUUUUUAGACACAACUGCAAAUUUCAAGGAGUAGGCCAUACAAGGAGUAGGCCAUACAAGGAGUAGGCCAUACAAGGAGUAGGCCAUACAAGGAGUUGGUCUGAUGUGAUGUCAUCGGCCUCCCUCCUUGGUUAUGGGAACAACUUGUGCCAUGUAAUGUCAUACCUGCACACCUAUUGAGUUGUGCUUUUUGUUAAGUAAAGCAGGUGCUAAAUGAGCUGAAAAGGAGACUGGAGUGCCACUUUAAAAUGCCCUCAAUCUCUAAUUUCUGAUGUUCAUUCCACAGAUGAAUAGACUUGUCUUAUUUUUCUUUCUCAGAACUGCACUCUUUCACCUGCAGAUGGGAAUUCUGUGUUUUGACUACUCACCUGAGCUCAACAUUCUGGGUAUGUGUAGAAGUAAUACUCCGUACAGUGCUGUUUAUGACAUCUUAAACCAAUACAUAUACAGUCAGUUCCAAAAUUAUUGGCACCCUUGAUAAAGAUGAGCCACAAAUACUGUAUAAAAUAAAUAAUACAAAUACUAAGCUAUAUUGCAUGCUCCAAAAAUUUUACUUAUAUUAUUUUAUACUAAAAACGGAAGCAUAUUUUCAUUCCACUGGUCCUGGGGCCCUUGUUAAGGUCAACGGCAUCAUGAACUUUAGGAGGCUGACACUUGUCCGCAAGUGGAUCUUCUAGCAACCCCAAGCACACAUCAAAAUCCACAAAGAAAUGGUUAAUUGACCACAACAUCAAAAUUUUGCAAUGGCCAUUGACUUGAACCCCAUUGAAAACCUGUGGUGUGAAUUGAAGAGGGCAGCCCAUAAACGCAGACGAAGGAUAUCGAGGAUCUGGAAAGAUUCUGUAUGGAACAAUGGUCUAAGAUCGCUUCCAAUGUGUUCUCCAAUCUCAUUAGACAUUACAGAAAAAUACUAAGUCUCAUCCUCACAAGGGGAGGGUGCUGGAGUAUUAAAAACAUAGUUGCAAAUAACUCUGACCCCUAUCUUUGAGAUUUUUUUUAUUACUUGUUAAAUAAAAUAUAUUUCUCUAAGCAAAUGUAUUAGUAUAAAUAACAUAAUUACCCUUUUUUUUAUCAUGCAAUAUAGCUCAGUAUUUAUAAUGUUUAUUUUGUACAGUAUUUUUUGCUAAUCUUUAUCAAGGGUGCCAAUAAUUUGGGACCUGACUAGCUGUCAAUCUGAAUAUUAUUAUUUUGAUACAAUAUCCCAUGAUGUGUUUGUACCUGUGCUUGUUUUCCAAUGUUCUAGUGACCGGAUGCUUCGAUCGGGUCGUGAGGGUCUGGAACCCCUAUGUGACCAAUCAGGCCACAUCACAGAUGAAAGGUCACAACACCGUCAUCACUCACAUCGCUGUCAACGGCAGAGAUAACAAGAUCAUCAGUGUGUCCAAGGACAAGGUCAGAUAUCCAGCAUUAUCACUACAGUGACACUCAAUGUCACCCCUUGCCGCCUCAGAUUUGUACUGUAAUGCUUAUUUAGACUAUAGAACAGGUAGGGGUCAUUUCUUUCUGUUCCAGAAUGUGCGUGUGUGGGACCUGCAGGACUGUGUCUGCCUCCAGAACAUCCAAUCCAAGAAUGUCAACAUGGGCCGCUUCCCCAUCACCGGCACCUACUAUAACCACACCAGUAACACGAUGGUGAUGGCUACGUACCUAGUGUGUGUUCGUUAUUGCCUUUUAACAUGUGUACACAUACACACUGCAUUGGUUGUACAAGGUUCUGUGGUAUUGCUGUGUAUUUAUUUCCGUAUGUUGUUCUGGGCAGAUUGGAGUUCUUCGAGUGUCUAUGGAGGAUGUAGACAGCUCUGUACCCACAGCUACAACAUCACAUGAACAAGCACCCUGUGCUGCUCUCUACAACUCCAACUUCAAACAGGUUGGUAUGGUUCAGUACUUGUGAGUGAGGUAAGGUCAACUAAGAGAUGAUCAUACUGCUAAUUGAAGCUAGGUAAACCCACCUUCUCUCCACUGCUCUGUGCCCAGGUGGUAAGUGGGUGUCAUGUGGGCGUGGUCAGUGUGUGGGACAUCCUGACGGGGGAGAAGGUCAUGCAGUUCCAGACAACCCCUGAGCGACCUGUUGAGGUCACUGCCAUGGCAUUCGACAGGCCCAAACGCCGCCUCAUCACCGGGUCUAAAGACGGCACCCUGCGCCUCUGGAACUUCAACAACGGGGCUUUUAUCUCUGAACUGCCCCUGGUGGACAGCAAUGAGGUACUACACUGUUUCCUGCAGGGCACUGAUCCCCAAGUGACAGACCUCACUCACUUGUCUUUCUUACCACCAAACACUGCCAUUCGAGGACAAUACUUACUGAAAUGACUUGUUGGCAGGUUACAGGGAUUCUGUACAUCAAUGAGAGGAUCUAUGUAUCAUGCUGGAGCAAACGGGUCAUGUGGUAUCUGUGAGUGCGUCAUGUUUUUAUAUCUUUGACUGUAUGCAACUUUGAAGCUUUUGCUGGCAAUUGGUCAACUUGUGUGUCUUGUGUGGCUUUUAUUUCCCCUGCUUAUCUGUAUGUUUACUUCCUCAUGUCUGUCUGUCUGUCCAUCCGUGUGUCAGGGACGAUAAGGAGGAGGGUAAGAUGGAGCACCGUGUGUGGAACCAGUACCACUCAGACGACAUCUAUUCCAUGCACGCCCACGGCAGCAAGAUGCUGGUGACCGCCUCCUACAGCGGUGACAUCAUCGUCUGGAACAUAGAUUCAGGACAAGCCUUCUGCCGUUUUAACGCUAGCGAAAGCCCACUGCCCCUCAUACCCAUACGGGUGAGACGAGACACAAUGGAGCACUGAAAAUACUUUUUUUAUUUGCUAGAAACUGUACAUAAAUAUCUGUUUUUCUGUUGAUGUUCAUGUUGACUUUCUGAUCAGGUGAUGGAGAAACCAGGCCAGGUGGUGAGUGUUAUGUGUCCAGACGGUUUGGUGAAGGAGGAUGAGGAGAAGGAAGAGGAGGAUGAAGACGAUGUGUGGCUCCGCUCUAUGGUGGAAUUUCUUGAAACCAUGAGCCAGACUCUCAACCCUCAGGCUCGUCGUCCCAGCUGUGCCAACCCUGCCCCCAACAACGUCGUACAGGUACACAUGGAGUGUGUUUAUGGGUGUGUACACCAACGUUAAUGAGUAUGUGUGUACUGAUGUAGAGGUGUGUGUUUGUGUCCCUCAGCAAAUAAAUCAAGCCCGGUGUUUCAGUAUUCCAGAUCCCCCUCCUAAUCCUGUGAUUCAGGGGCCUCGCACCAACAUGCGGCAUGUAAUAGAAUGUUUCAAUGCUUCAUCUCUUUUUGUAUGUUGACCAUUGUGCAAGGGUUUCCAUGUAUUGAUGUGUGUGUGUAUUCAUGGGUAUGCAUGUUUCUGUGCAUCCCACAGGGCCGGAAGGGUAGCAUCUCGGCUCCAGUCUCUGCUUCACUGCCUCAGUCGGUCACAGUCUCCGUGGCCAGGCGGCCGACACUGCUGUCCAGACGCAAGACCAAGAGAACCAAGACCAUCGACCUAGACGAGCUGGAGAAACCUCGGGUUGCGGUGGAGAAGGUACUGACUGACAUGUACACUGUAACCUAUCUGACGGUUUCAAGAACCAACUGUGAACUAAUGUGUUUAAUUUACUGCACCCACACUUAGUUAUCCUCAGAAAUUACAUAUGAAUCCAAAUCUACUGCCUGGCCUAAAAUUGCUUAGAGAUUUGCAGCCCUUUGCCAUACUAAUAUUGGUUGUCUUGAUUACCGACAGACGAUGUCAAUGACUGUCUCUCCCUCUCUCCAUAUUUCUUUCUCUUUCUGACGAGCAGGUGUUGUUUCUGGACACCCGUGAGCGUAGCCCUGACACGGCCAUCCUCCUGACCAGCUCUGCAGACGGCUACGUCUACGCCUGGUCUAUCAGCCAUAACGGAGGGCUGCUGGGGAAAUUCUGUGCUGUGCAUAGCAAGGGGCCAAUCAUCUGCGCCAUGUCCACUGACAGCCAGGACCAGAUACUGCACACUGGAGACAGCAACGGAUACAUCACGGUAGGACUGGAGGGGUUGGAUACCAUAGAAUAGUCACUCUGUUGUUUAUCUAUGUUGGCUACACCAACUGAUGUCUUUGAGUGAAGGGGACAGUGGUGAGAAGUGAUCAGGGUGGAGACAUUGGCAGGAUGUUUUACAGAUUGACGAUCGACUGAUAGUAUCUUUCUUUUCUUUGUUCACGUCAUCCCUCUACAACUGUAUUUCCUUUCCACAGCUGUGGGACAUUGAGAAGUAUUGCUACCGUAUGAGGGGUGGGGUGGCUGAGGAGGAAUCAUCCAAUGAAGACUCUCUGAGGUUGCCUCAACUCAUACCUCCCUACUGCAAAGUGGAGGGGCCACGGAGACUGGUGGGGGAGCAGGACAAAGAGGUAACUCAACAACAGUACACACAGAACAUAAUGACACUCCAAAAUAUGUGUUCAAGUUACAGAGCUUUAGGGAGGACAGGUUUGGAUAAUCAUGAAUGCGUAACAGAUGUGAAACUAGCUGGCUAUUGGUCAUUGAUGAUGUCACCUUCCAUAGACGGAACACACUCAAUUUUCCACUAAUUUCUAUUAUCCCUCUCUGAUCAGAUUUUGCGGGGAUGGAUUGUGUCCCUGACCCCCCCUAGUCUCCUGAGUUCCUGGCGCUGCCACCUGAAAGGGAUCGUUCAUCUUGAGUAUGUGGAGCGUUUCCGCCUCAUCGUCACAGCCAGCCUGGACUGUAACGUGCGUCUGUGGACCAUCGCAGGCAGAUACAUCGGUAAGCACCACCACUGUAGUUACAUGUAUUAGUUUGAGAACAUCUUAUGCUACCAUGUUGUUUUCAUGUUGGGUUGCUACCUUGCUGUGUUGUCGUGUGUUGCUGCCAUGCUAUGUUGUUGUCUUAGGUCUCUCUUUAUGUAACGUUAGUGUUGUGUUGUCUCUCUUGUUGUGAUGUGUGUUUGGUCCUAUAUUUAAAAAAAAUAUUUUAUCCCAGCCCCCGUCCCCGCAGGAGGCCUUUUGCCUUUUGGUAGGCCGUCAUUGUAAAUAAGAAUUUGUUCUUAACUGACUUGCCUAGUUAAAUAAAGGUUAAAUAUACACUACCAAUGAAAAGUUUGGACACACCUACUCAUUCAAGGGUUUUUCUUUAUUUUUACAAUGUUUUUACAUUGUAGAAUAAUAGUGAAGACAUCAAAACUAUGAAAUAACACAUAUGGAAUCAUGUAGUAAACAAAAAAGUGUUAAACAAAUUUGAGAUUCUUCAAAUAGCCACCCUUUGCCUUGAUGACAGCUUUGCACACUCCUGGCAUUCUCUCAACCAGCUUCACUUGGAAUGCUUUUCCAACAGUCUUGAAGGAGUUCCCACAUAUGCGGAGCACUUUUUGGCUCCUUUUCCUUCACUCUGCCGUCCGACUCACCCCAAACCAUCUCAAUUGGGUUGAGGCCAGGGGAUUGUGGAGGCCAGGUCCUCUGAUGCAGCACUCCAUCACUCUCCUUCUUGGUAAAAUAGCCCUUACACAGCCUGGAGGUGUGUUGGGUCAUUGUCCUGUUGAAAAACAAAUGAUAGUCCCACUAAGCCCAAACCAGAUGGGAUGGUGUAUCUCUGUAGAAUGCUGUGGUAGCCAUGCUGCUUAAGUGUGCCUUGAAUUCUAAAUAAAUCACAGACAGUGUCACCAGCAAAGCACCCCCACACCAUAACACCUCCUCCUCCAUGCUUUACGGUGGGAAAUACACAUGCUGAGAUCAUCCGUUCACCCACACAAUCGACCAUGAUGGCCUGAUUCACACAGUCCCCUCUGAACAGUUGAUGUUGAGAUGUGUCUGUUACUUGAACUCUGUGAAGCAUUUAUUUGGGCUGCAAUUUCUGAGGCUGGUAACUCUAAUGACCUUAUCCUCUGCAGCAGAGGUAACUCUGGGUCUUCCAUUCCUGUGGUGGUCCUCAUGAGAGCCAGUUUCAUCAUAGCGCUUGAUGGUUUUUGCGACUGAUGGUUUUUGCACUUGAAGAAACUUUCAAAGUUCUUGAAAUGUUCCGUAUUGACUGACCUUCAUAUCCUGAAGUAAUGAUGGACUGUCGUUUCUCUUUGCUUAUUUGAGCUGUUCUUGCAAUAAUAUGGAGUUGGUCUUUUACCAAAUAGGGCUAUCUUCUGUAAUCCCCCCCCCCCCCCCCCCCCAAGAGUGUGCAAAGCUGUCAUCAAGGCAAAGAAAGGGUGGCUAUUUGAAGAAUCUCAAAUAUAAAAUAUAUUUUGAUUUGUUUAACACUUUUUUGGUUACUACAUGAUUCCAUGUGUUAUUUCAUAGUUUUAAUGUCUUCGCUAUUGUUCUACACUGUAGAAAAUAGUAAAAAUAAAGAAAAACCCUGGAAUGGGUAGGUGUGUCCAAACUUUUGACUGGUACUGUAUAUAUAUAUUUUUUAAUGGUUCCAUUAAAUAUGUUUUAUCACCAACCACAAGGGGGCAGUGUCGGUAUGCUCCAACUACUGUAUGUGUACUAAUACUUACCACUAGUACCCUGUCUGUCUCUAAUUCUCAGGUACGUUUGGGCAGGGCCUGUGGCAGGUGGGCGACCCCAACGCCCUCCACACGGAACUCCCAGUGGACCUGAAGAGGAUGGGCUCCUGUCAGACACUUAAAGUCCUUAAUGAGGGGAAGCACCCGCACUGGAGGUGAGGAGAAAAGUCCAAAUGCAAGCCCUUCUGUCUCCAUAAUAUAGACUACAGUAUAUGGCUGAUGACAGAGAGAAAGGGACUGUAUACACACAAACACAUGCUAUCCAUGCACUGUCUGAUGUUUGACCGGUCAUGUCAUCUGUCUGCAUCUCUUUUGAUGCCUUCUUAGCUGUGCCAAACGCAUCCUGGAGGGCCUGACUGCACAGAAGAGGCAGCAGUCGACAAUGUUUGGUGAGGCUACAAUGCAGCUGAGGGAACUGGUUCCUACCGACCCACGGAUCGUCAAGUACACCGAUGAGCAGAUUGAGAACACAUGGAGACUGUGGCAGGAGAAGGGAAAGCAGGUGAGUUACAGAUGCGAACCACACUCACAGUAGCCUACGCACAUCAUAGUAAAGUAAAGGACUGACUGCAACUCACGUGUGGUUACUUUGCCUAACGAUUAAGUGUUGCUUUAACUGUCCUUCCCUCAGACCAGCAGCAUUUUAGGACGAGCAUACAAACAAAAAGUGAGACAUCACCUUCUGUCCUGUGCCCCUGACCUCCAGACAACCUUCAGCAGUCAAGAGCAGGUAAGACUCGGUUUCCUGGCCUCAGAUAUGUUGUGCUCUGUCAUUUUUGAGAGAGUAUUUGUCACCAUCUCUGUUGUUCGAUGUCAAAAGGGAUAAUGAUGUGCCUGUUUAUUUAUUGAGUUUGUGUCUGUUUCUCUGUAGUUGAGGGUGUACAAGGCCAUGCCCUACAGCAUUCUGCGGCCCGUCACCCUGCCCCCCAUCCCAGAGCUUCUGAAGGACCAUCAGCACAGGUCAAAUGAGGGCACAGACACUACCACCAAGCAGAAGAGGAACACUAAGCGCUGGCCCCGCUCACACACACACUGCAUGGCUGCUCCUCCACGACCAGCAACUCCCAGGUGCUAA